AUGAACGCGCUGCUCUUCUAUACACAAGCUCAUCGUCGCGAACGAUACACCGGCAUGCCUAUCCGCGGCCCCAAAACGAAUUCGCUCUCAAGCCAGAGUACCGAGUCCGACACGAGCGCGACGGCCGGCCAGGAGGAUUAUAAGCGAAAUGCCAUAUAUCUUAUGGGCGAGCAGCCGUCAGGAAAUCAACAGACCGGCCAUUCGGACCGCGAGGAUUCGUUUUUCGACACAAUCCCCAGUCGACCGGCGCCGUGCACCGUAUUCCUAGCGCAAUCGUUCAUGUUGGUCUCUACCGACUCGGAUGAUGUGCCAUUGGUUCAAUACUUCUCCGUCCCGUCCGCCGCCUCACACCACUCCUAG